CAGACGUACAAACCUACAUAUCCGUUCUAGAAUCCCGACCCAACCGCGCCCUCUCUGCCAUUGGUGCCAUUACUCAAGGCGAACACACACACACACACACCUCACCAGCCAUGUCACCGCCCGCCAUCAUUGCGCCUUCUAUUCUGUCGGCCGACUUUGGAGCGCUGGGCAAGGCUUGCUCAGACACAAUUGCCCAGGGCGCCGACUGGCUUCAUGUGGACAUCAUGGACGGCCACUUUGUGCCAAACAUGACGUUUGGCGCCCCCGUCGUCACAAAGAUCCGCUCACACGUUGACCGCCCCGCCACGGCAUACGCAAAGGGCACCUUUGACUGCCACAUGAUGAUUGCCGAGCCCAAGCGCUGGGUCCGCGACUUCAAGAAGGCCGGUUGCGACCUCUACUGCUUCCACUACGAGGCCGCCGUCUCGUCUACUGCCGCAGACUCACCCAGCGGACAGUCGGACCAAAAGACAUCGCCAAAAGAACUGAUUCGCUUCAUACAUGCUGAGGGCAUGCAAGCCGGUAUUGCCAUUAAGCCAAGCACGCCCGUUGACGUACUGUGGGAGAUAUUGGACUGCCCAAACAAGGAAGAGGUGCCUGAUAUGGUCUUGGUCAUGACGGUAGAGCCUGGUUUUGGCGGUCAAUCCUUUAUGGCAUCCGAACUCCCCAAAGUAACCGCUCUCCGACAAAAGUAUCCCGAGUUGCACAUUGAAGUUGACGGCGGCUUGAGCGAAAAGACGAUUGACCAGGCUGCUGAUGCCGGCGCCAAUGUCAUUGUUGCCGGCAGCGCUGUCUUUGGCGCUGCGGACCCUGGCGAUGUGAUCAAGAAGCUGAGACAAGCCGUCGACAGCAGAAGGGGUAAACUGUAGGUAAAGGAGUGGUUAGAUCAGCAUCACAACAUAAAGGCGAGCAUUUGAAAAUUUCCGAGUAUACAGUAAAAGACUGAUACAAGCCAAUGAGGCAACGAGCAUGGCUAGUCUGUUGGCAAUGUUUUGGUAAGGUUUCUUGAUGAAGCUAUCCUAGCCCUGAGCCCUAUGCUGUCAGGACGGGUGGUGAUGUGCCUGGCUCCAAGUACCUUUUGGCACGGGCGUGCACGGCUGUGGAGACUUCCGUUGGGCAACACGUGGUAGUCCAGGGGCCUGAUCAUAACAGCCCAUCUGCUAGUACAAGUCAUAUUUGAACUCAGGUCCAGAUCCCA